AUGGUGAAAAUUGCCCAUUGGGUGUCGGCGGCGACACUCGCUCUGGGCGUCUCAGCCGCAGACGAUGCAUCUUCUGUGCUGACGACAGAAAUUGGCCGUCAAAACAACCAGAGCCUCUUUUGGGGCCCCUACAAAUCCAAUCUGUACUUUGGUGUGCGACCACGAACACCAGAUGGCCUAUGGACAGGGCUCAUGUGGGGGAAAGUCGACAACUACCAUGAUAUUCAGAAUGGUUUCAGAUAUACUUGCGAGCAGGGAGAAGAUAUUCAUGGCUACGGAUGGGAUGAGUAUGAUGCCCGCAUAGGCGGUGUGCAAUCUAUUCACGACAAAGGCAACAACAUCGACUUGACGACUACUUUUGUGAAGAUCCCUGGUGGAAACCAUGGUGGCAGCUGGGCGGCCCGAAUCAAGGGCGAGCUGCGAGACGGUGCGCCCAAAAACACCAGGACCAUGCUGUUCUAUUACAUCGCCCAGGAUGGCCAGGGCGAACUUGCUGUUGAAGGUGAAGGUACUCAGUAUGGUUUUGAAGACGACGUUACUCUUACGGGCAGUUCAACGGCGCUAGGAGACUACAAGCUUCUUAUCACCAAAGGUACCGGAGAGCACCCUUCAACAGACCACAAGUUUCUGGAAGAUCGACAUGGCGACACAACCAUCGUCUCGAGUGCUGAGGUCCCAGCCGACCUCACCUGGCAGGGCAAGCCCGUUGUCUUCAAGCAACUUCAAGAUGCCGUUUCGCCCGUGCAGCAGAACGCUGACCAGGCGGAUCCACCUCCACCGUGGCAGGUGUACCGUAUUGCCCAUGCGCCUGGAAAAGGUAACGUUCAUAUAGUCGAGAAGACCUUCGAGGGACCGUUCGAGUUCGAUGUCAUCUUUUCAUCGGGAUCUGGAGGCAAGGAGUUUACUUCCGAGGAGGUUACUGAACAGAUCGAGAAGACUUCAGAAAUCUUCAACGAGCGCUUCACCAACACCUUCAAGCUCAAGGAGCCUUUCACAGAGGAGAAGUACAAGAAAUUCGGCAAGAGCAUGCUGUCGAACCUCAUCGGCGGCAUAGGGUACUUCCAUGGUCACCAGCUAAUUGAUCGAUCGUAUGCGCCUGAGUAUGAGGAGCAGAACGACGGGUUCUGGGAGGAGGCCGCGCAAGCCAAGGCACGCACACAGCCAGAACUCGAAGGCCCCUAUGAGCUUUUCACCAGUGUUCCUUCUCGCCCUUUCUUCCCCCGUGGUUUCCUGUGGGAUGAAGGAUUUCACCUGAUUCCCAUUGCCGACUGGGAUAUUGACCUCACACUUGAAAUUGUCAAGAGCUGGUACAACACUAUGGACGAAGAUGGCUGGAUCGCGCGCGAACAAAUUCUAGGUCACGAGGCCCGGAGCAAAGUCCCCCCUGAGUUUCAAGUGCAAUUUCCACAUUAUGCCAACCCCCCUACCCUCUUCCUUAUCAUCGAGGGCUUCAUGGAGCGUCUUCGCGCAUCAAACGGAACGAAGAGCGAGGCAAAGGAACGUAUUCUGGGGGCCGAUCCUCUGCAAACCGCUCACCUCGACAAUAUCGAGCUCGGCGAGAACUAUCUUCGAAGGUUGUACCCCCUGUUAAGACAACAAUACGACUGGUUCCGCAAAACUCAGCGAGGUGACAUAAAGAACUAUGACCGUGAGGCAUACUCAACCAAGGAAGCUUACAGAUGGAGGGGCCGUACUGAGACUCACAUCCUCACCAGUGGCCUGGACGACUAUCCUCGACCCCAGCCCCCUUCGCCGGGCGAGCUGCACGUCGAUCUCAUGUCCUGGGUUGGGCUGAUGACAAAGUCGUUGAUGAACAUCGCAGACGCCCUCGGCAUGGCCGAAGAUGUGAAUGAGUAUAGGAAGAACUUGGAUGGCAUCGAGCACAACCUCAAUGAUCUCCACUGGUCCAAUAAGGAGGGUUGCUAUUGUGACGCAACGAUCGAUGAUUACGAGGAACACGCACUCGUAUGCCACAAGGGCUACAUUUCCCUGUUCCCUUUCCUGGUCGGCCUGAUGAAGGCUGACGACCCCAAGCUGGGCAAGAUUCUUGAACUGAUCGGUGACGAGGAGCACCUUUGGAGCCCCCACGGCAUUCGCAGCUUGAGUAAAAAGGAUGAGUUCUACGCCACGGGCGAGAACUACUGGCGCAGCCCGGUUUGGAUGCCUAUCAAUUACCUGGCUUUGUCUCAACUACAGAACGUUGCUUCGCAGGAAGGCCCCUACAGGGGUAAAGCGAAGGAUCUGUUCAGGCGUCUCCGUAAGAACCUUGUUGACACCGUGUACAAGAGUUGGGAAGAAACAGGCUUCGCCUGGGAGCAGUACAACCCCGAUACGGGUGCCGGCCAGCGAACACAGCACUUCACUGGAUGGACUAGUCUUGUCGUCAAGAUCAUGGCUAUGGAAGAUCCUGGCCAGGAGGCUCAUGCCAGGGACGAGCUGUGA